AUGCCCGACGUCGCCAGCCUCGACCGCCUGGACAACCUCCAGCCCCCGCUCUCGCCGCCCGAGAACGAGCUCGUGAACGGCUACGGCGGCUGGGCCGAGUUCUGCGCCGUGUACGGGUUCAAGCCGACCAAGGCGACCGACAUCGAGGAGGCGCACGCGGUCGUCAAGCAGAUGGUGCAGGCCGAUCUGUGGUAUGGCCAGAUCUCGCGCCGUUGA